UUCAUCCUCUUCAUAGAAAACAACAACUCGUAAAUUAAAAAAAAAAAACAAAAAUAAAAAACUAGAAAAAUAUUCAAACCUCAAAAUAAAUUCCCCAUUGGUCGGACCAAAAAAUAAAAAAAAAUAAUGACCAGAGAAUUCGGCGUUUUUACGCACGUCAACACUGGUAAAGUAAACAAAGCGGGUUCAAAUUGAAACGCUCCGUGUGUUAGGACGGGAACCCAAAGUGUGAGUCAAACACCGAGUUCAGUUGGUAUAUUUAUCCCAAAGAACGCGUAUGUCGAUGUCCGGCUGGUUUCGAUAAAAAUAAGUAAUUGAACACGAGUAUUUUUAUUCGUUUUAUUUUAUCGUUGUUUGCCUUUUUUUUACCGAAUAUUUUUCGUAUACAGAAAAAUCGUUCGGCUAUAUUUAAUUCGUUUAAUGAAUUCGAAUAGUACAUGUGGAUAAAUUUUAAUUCGUCUGUUUUGCGGUGUUUUUCGGUUUAUUCGCACGUUGCGGUGUUGUUACGAUUUUUGUUGUUGUUUGAUCGAUCAAAAUGUCGCGAUUUCGAGAUGUGAUUGUUAUUUUAUGUUUAGUUUUAAAAACGAAUUUUUUCAUAUCGUGUAUUAGUGCUAACGAAGAUUGUACAGCGUUUACCAAUUUCUAUCAGGAUCGUAUUGCUGCCAAUAUUGUGCCAUCGAGUCCUCAAUAUGGCACGUCGUUGAAAUAUUGCCCAACGAGCGAGAAAACUUGUUGCACAUCGGAUGUAGAAGAGAAAUUAAAAGAUCUGAGUAAAUUGAAUUACGAAAAAGCUGUCAGAAAAGAACUACAAACUUUGAGCAGAAUAUUGAAAUCGAAAUCUACCAAAUUUAAUGAAUAUUUCAAGGACUUACUCACCAAGUCGAAAAAAGAUCUCCACGAGAUGUUCAAGAAAACCUAUGGCAUGGUGUACGAGCAAAAUUCGUACGUGUUUAGUGAUUUCUUCGCCGAACUGGAACGAUACUACACGAAUGGCAAAUCAAAUUUAGGAGACGUGAUGGAAACAUUUUUCAAUAUUUUAUACCAAAAGAUGUUCACCGUUUUAAAUACUCAAUACAAAUUUGAUGACAAAUACUUGGGAUGCAUUAGCGAGCAUAUGAACGAAUUAGAGCCAUUUGGAGAUGUACCGCAGAAAUUCUCGAAUCCUUUGAAACGCUCUUUUGUAGCUGCCAGAACGUAUUCGCAAUCUUUGAACGUAGUUGGAGAUAUUGUAUCGAAUCUCAUUUAUCUGGUACCGACGGAUAGUUGUUUAAACGCUAUUACCAAAAUGUUACAUUGCUCUUCGUGUAAAGGCUUAAAUGGCGCUAAAGUUUGCACGGACUUUUGUCUCAACGUAAUGAAAGGAUGCCUCGGAUUUUAUACGGAAAUUGAUAACGAAUGGAGCGCCUUCGUAGAUGCGAUGAGUAAAGUGGAGCAAAGGCUAUCUCGCUCGUAUAACAUAGAACAAGUCGUCGAACCGAUUAACGUCAAGAUAUCCGAAGCUAUUAUGAAUUUUCAAGAAAACGCUAAUGCCGUUACGUCUAAAGUAUUUAACGGAUGCGGUAAACCACCUUUAAAUUCUAGUCGUAGACGUAGAAGAAGACGACAAGCGACCGGGUUCUCCGAAUCGGACGAAUUCGAAGAACAUGACAAUCGACAACCUAAUUCAAAAUCAGAAAGGAGACGUAAAGAAAACAAUCGUAAUAGAAACGACAAAAAUCGACGUAAAAAUAAAGACAGUUAUGAUCUGGACGAAGACCGAAAUAAUCCUGCGGAUGGAUUCUUGAAGUUCAUUCAAGAAAUAGGUACUCAGGUUCUGGGCACCAAGUAUUUCUGGAAAAGGUUACCCUAUCAUGUGUGCAACGAUGAAAUGCAAGUGGAGAGCAACAAAACAGCUGCUUGUUGGAAUGGAAAAUCUAUGGGACGCUACGAAUCACCUCUGGUAAGUGACGGUCUCAAGAACCAGCAAUCGAACCCAGAAGUCACAGUAGACCCAAAAAGUCACGCUCACUUCCUCAGUGACCAAAUCCUAGCCCUCAAGUCAGUCUCUACUCAGCUACGAAACGCGUACAAUGGCUACGACGUCGAAUGGAUCGACAGCGAAGAAGCCUUCGACGUCGGAAGUGGCUCAGGCAUGGGACCUGAUCGCGACAACGGUGGAAUCGACUCCGGCUUCGAAGGAUCCGGUGACUCGUUACCUCCUGUGAUAUUCAGCGGUAAACCAGAAACACCGACGGUGAAAACUGACGAUAGCAGUAGUCCUAGCACAUCAACGAAUACCUCCAGUAGUACAGAUGUGCUGACGUCUUCGACGACAGCAACUGUCGACGUACGAGUACUCGUCGAAUCCAGCACAUCUUUCACAGAUACGUCGCUGGAUAGCAGUACUAUUAGAAUUAGCACUAGUACCGUGUCCAGUACAACGAAUAAUACCAGCAGCGGUACCAGCAUAAGAUAUCAGAAGAUAUCGUUGAAUAAAGCCAUCGCGUCUUAUUUGUUACCGACUGUUGUUAUGUGGAUGGGUGGAAGCUUCAACGAUUGGUUUAACUCGUUGGUUUGAUUAUUGUGAUUUUUUUUUUUUUUUGAAAAUUUUUGUUGAUUCGUUGUAUCUCUAUUUGAUCGUUACUGUUUUUUCUUACGUCUUCUCGGCUGUGCCGACGAUGAUGACGAUGUGGAAAAUACGUAUAACAUUCGAAUGCAUUUUUCUCCUUCUUUUUUCUCUAUUAUUUAUUUACCAUGAACGUAGCGAUGCACUAGUUCCUUGAGGUCAAGCGUAUACUAGGUACCGUCUCGAAUCUAUUCUCCUAAGUGGAGAUUUUGUUGCAGUUUUUCUAUUAUUAUUUUUUUAUUUAUUAUUAUUUUUUUUUAAUUGACGUAAUUUGUACUGUUGUGUGAUUUAUUUCGUUAAGGUAAUUUUUACAGUAACCUAAUUUCCUCUGAUACCGUGUAUUCCAUAGCUGGUGCUUAGCGGCUUAACGAAAGACUGAUUUAGACCAAUAAUCAAUAAUCAUCGGAGUAAUGGAUGCGGCCAGUGCGGAAAAAAGAGAAAAAAAAGCUAAAAAUUUCGAUUAAUACUCUAAAUUUUUAAAAAAUCCUAUAGAUUAAAUUAUUCUAUCUUCCUCUAGCUUGUGAUAGAUAGUCUUUAAAUUCUCUCAAAAAAGUCCCUAGUAAAUUGAAACGCAGGCCAUAUGUGAAAUGGAACUUUAGGAACCUUGAUCUUGGAAGCAUUCCGUCCUAAAAAUAAAAAUAGCGCAUCUAUUAAAUACCGUUCAUAUUUUUUAAAAACUUGUUUGAGGGCUUCAGUUACUGAAACUUGAUUUUCUCAAUUUUGAAAAAAUAAGUCGAAUGAUGAUUUUUUUUUGUAAAAGUGAGAUUCCAAUGACCAUCAUUUGCCAUUCAGUCAAAUUAUUUUUUCUAAAAACUGAAAUUUGGUUGUUGAAAUCAAUAAAAUAGAAUCCACGUAUGGUAAAAAUUACUUCCAAAAAAAAAAAAAAAAUAGAUAGGUAGGUACGUUAAUCUUGAAAAAAAAUUAUAAAAAGCUCUUUAUACAAAAAAUGUAUUACCAGAUUCGUGCUUCAAAAACAUUUUCUCAUCUUAUUGUUAUUUUUUCUGCUUACUAACUAGGAAUCUAAUUGAACUAUUCAAUUUCUUAUCUUGCUUAAAAUUCCAAUUUCUCUGUUUUCUCUUUUUUUUUUUUUUUUUUUUUCAAGUACCUACCUAAUUUUUAUUACAGUUGAUGCAUUUUUCAUUUUCGUCUUUUCAUGUCUCAUGCUCAUGCCAUCAUAAUAUUCCUCCAUUAAAUUAAAAUUUGAUUUGAUUUCAUAAUUACUCAUACGCUUCGAAAAAAAAUCUCAUUCUACAGCAUUAAUUUGAAUCAUAAUUCACCACUGUGAAUAACCAUUAAGUACACUAAGCUGGGAUUACACGUCGUAAUGAUCUUCUAAUUAUUGAUAAGUUUUUAACAAAAUGUUAUCGAAUGUUAAUUUUUUUUUUUUUUUUGUUCAUACAAAAUGGUCUCGAAUGUAUCCGAUGUUAUCGUAUUAAUAUCAAAUAUCGUGCCAUUUACAUUGGAGACAUAAUUAUUAAAUAAAUUCGUAUUUUUUUUUUCUAUCUGAAUAGAAAUUCUAGUCUAAUUAAAAUAUUACAUUAUGUAUCGUUCGAUUACGUUGAUUUAGUUCGAUAUUUAUAGCUUGAAUGUUGAAAUACAAAGAAGUUACACUUCAUAUUUUGUAUGAAAAUAGAAAAAUAUCGAAAUACGUCCGCGAUUUUCUCUCCUAUAUAUUUUCGUAAUAUUUUCACGCGUUCGAAGUAUGUAAUUAUAGAAACAGUUUCCAAAACUGUGUAACUUUUGUUGUUUUUUUUUUUUUUUUGAAAUCUUUAUUUUUGCGUGUAAUAAUACUUCGUGUAAUUUACUUAUAGUGAAUUUUUCGUUGUAAAUAAUCUAUGGUUAUGUUACCAUUAAAUGAACUAUAUGAUGUUUUUUGUAAAGUAAAUUUGAUUAAAUUUAUACGCAAAUUUUAUGAUUUGUCUAUUGUAUAGAUGUGUAUAAAAACAGCGGAUAUUCCAAGUUUUACAUCAUCGACAUUCUUAUAUGAUUGUUUUGUUUUUGUACCAGUUUUUUGUACACUUUUUUGCCUUUUAUAUUAUCUAUAUUCAAUAUGUAUAAUUUUUAUACCGAAUUUCGUUUCACAUUGUGAUAUUAUUUAUACGUAAUUAAUCUUGUAAAUAAAAAUUUGUACCUAUUA